GGAGUGCAAAAAAACCCAGAAAAAAGCACGUCAAAACCAGAAAGAAAGAAGAAGAAGAAGCGGAGAGUAGCUGAAAAGCACAUUAAUGGCGGCCUCAAUGAUGUCUUCGGUGAGCCUGAAACCAGCUGCUUUUAGCUUCGAGAAAUCUACAGUCAGAGGCGUUCCUUCUCUUGCAAGGAGUACUUCUUCCUUCAAAGUUCAGGCCAGUGGUGGCAAGAAGAUCAAGACCGAUAAGCCCUAUGGAAUUAACGGAGGCAUGGACUUGAGGGAUGGUGCUGAUGCCUCUGGCAGGAAGGGGAAGGGAAAGGGUGUAUAUCAGUUUGUCGACAAAUACGGUGCUAAUGUCGAUGGAUACAGUCCGAUCUUCAACACUGAUGACUGGUCUCCAAGUGGUGAUGUCUAUGUCGGUGGUACAACUGGAUUGGCCAUAUGGGCUGUGACCUUGGCUGGUCUUCUUGCUGGGGGUGCUCUUCUUGUGUACAACACAAGUGCUUUGGCACAGUAAAAGUCUACAUUAGAAUGACUGUUUCUGUAAUCUAUGUUUUGUUUAUUAUAGCCUCUGUCCUGUGUCUCAACUAUCUUUCCAAAACAAACGCUCAUGGACUACUGUAUUCAACUUGUAGUAAUGUUUUGGCAUGUAUCUAAUUUCUUGCCUCCUAUAUUUUCUUAA